GGGACGCUGUCGUGCUGCGUUCAGGGACCGCUGGGAUAACAGGAAACACCAUCUGCAUAUCCGGUGGAGGGUCUCAGGGGGCGGAGCCAGCUGACAGGAAGAUACAUCUGGACAGCUGGACAGAGACACCAGAACCAAGUAGGACAAGAACCAGGUGGAACCAGAACCAGGUAGGACCAGAACCAGGGAGAACCAGAACCAGAUAGGACCAGAACCAGGGAGAUCCAGAACCAGGGAGAACAGAGAACCUGAUAAACUACCAGAAAUUAACAAAACAAACUCAAAGGUUUAGUUCAACAAAAUGCAACAUUCUGUCCAAUUCAGGUUCUGAUGCAGUGGAACGGUCCAAAAUACUGCGUUUAUUAUAAUAAUGUACAGCAUAGUACCAGUUGCAGCAUUUUUCUCAAUACUAAUGGUAUUUAUUUCAGUAGUAGUGAGUAUUUAUCUCGGUGGUGUACAUGCCUCCGAGCAGACAGUGAAUGCAGCAUCUGCUGGGGCCUCGUGCCGCUUCUCAUGUGUAUGUGUGUGCAUGUGCGUGUAUGUGUGUGCAUGUGCAUGUGUAUGUGCGCGGGCGCGUGUGUGUGCGUGUGACGCAGGGGGCGGGGCCUCGGUGACCUCACCUGUCGCUCAGGUAAAAGUUUCUGCGACAACAAAAAGCCUCCAGACGCGGAAGUGAUCGUUUGCUGCUGGCUGCGCUGAAACUCGGUUUGGUUCCGAAUAAGUCACGGUUUUGACCUCGGUUCCACUCGGCUCUGCUCGGUUCGGAAGGAUCGCUGUGAGGAUGAACGUGCUACCGCUCGGCCUGCUGCUCGGCUCCGGCCUGGUGCUGGUUCUGGCUCUGGAUCCUGGACCGACUCCCUACGUGGUCCCGCUGCUGGACUCAGAACCGCGGAGCAAGGAGACCAGCCACGUCGACUGUCGGCUGCCCAUGAAGGUGGGUCCAUGUCGAGCUUCCUUUCCCAGGUUCUUCUACAACGUGACCACUCAGAGCUGCAGCAGCUUCACCUACGGCGGCUGUGAGUCCAACAGGAACAACUUCCUCACCCUGGAGGAGUGCGAGUCCUCCUGCUCAGGUGUUACAGGCUCGGUUCUUCCUGAAGAUUCCACUGCUGCUCCCAAAGCUGUUCGGAUGGCUCCAUCUAGUCCUCCAGAGUCCUCAUCCCCCCAGCAGACCGAAAUGUCUGCUGAGGAAUAUGCAGAGCACUGUGAGGCGGAGCUUCAGGUGGGUCCCUGCAGGGCGGCGUUCAGACGCUGGUACUACGACCGGGAGGCAGGGAGCUGUCAAUCAUUCACCUACGGAGGAUGCAGAGGAAACAAGAACAACUACGUUGAUGAGAAGAGCUGCAUGGUUACCUGCUCAGUCACGGUCCUGCCGUCCUCUAAGAAAGUGUCAGCUGAUGAUGACGGUGAGGCGUUGGCGACGUAUAAAGGUCACUGCCUGGUGUCUCCGGACCCCGGACCCUGCAGAGCCGCCUUCCCCAUGUUCUACUACAACCCAGACUCCGCCUCCUGUCAGUCUUUCAUCUACGGUGGUUGUCGUGGCAACGAGAACCGGUACGGCUCGGUGGAGGAGUGCAUGGACCGCUGCGGUGGAGACGGUCGCUUUGAUGGUCGAGGAAAAACCAGGAACCGCUGGACUGCAGCCUUUUUCCUCUUCGUCACGCUGACCGUCAUCUCCGCUCUGCUGCUGGCGACCCUCGUCAUCGUCACGCUAAAACGCCGCCGUCUGUUCCGCCGUCCGUCCUCCAUCAGCGAUAAGGAGGAGCUGCUGCCGGAUCAAGAUGAGCUGUCCUCUCUGGACUCCCUGACCGUCCCUGAAAGCCCCAAACCGGAGCAGAAGGCCUGAGGAGCCUCCGGGGGCCUGAGGAGCCGCCGGGGGCCCUGGGUGGGGUUCAUAUUUUAUUAACAGAUCUGAGGUUGAAGAACAACUAAACAGAAUGUCAGUUUCCCCUCAUAGAGCAGCAGAGAAGCACCGGAUCUGUCACUGAUCAAUACCUGUACUGAUCAUCACUCACUGAUCAGUGGUUUUAUUUGAACUAAACUCACAGAACAGUGAGAGCUCAACAUUUAUCUGACUGUUAGCUUAGCUUAGCAUAAACAACAGCUUAGGAACUAAAUCCACUCUCCAGCCUCAUACCCAUCACUCAGAGGUCCCAGACCAACACACUUACCUGUGCAGGUACGAACAGGUGAACACUGCACUCGUCUGUAUGUGAAUGCUGCACCUAUAUAUAUAUAUACCUGCACAGGUGAGCGCUACACCUGUCCCUACCUGCCCAGGUGAGCGCUCCGCCUGUCCGUACCAGCACAGGUGAGCGCUACACCUGUCCCUACCUGCCCAGGUGAGCGCUACACCUGUCCGUACCUGCCCAGGUGAGCGCUCCCCCUGUCCGUACCUGCACAGGUGAGCGCUACACCUGUCCCUACCUGCCCAGGUGAGCGCUACACCUGUCCGUACCUGCACAGGUGAGCGCUCCGCCUGUCCGUACCUGCACAGGUGAGCGCUCCCCCUGUCCGUACCUGCACAGGUGAGCGCUCCCCCUGUCCGUACCUGCACAGGUGAGCGCUCCCCCUGUCCGUACCUGCACAGGUGAGCGCUCCCCCUGUCCGUACCUGCACAGGUGAGCGCUACACCUGUCCCUACCUGCACAGGUGAGCGCUCCGCCUGUCCGUAGCUGCACAGGUGAGCUGUGUGUGGUUGGUCGCUGCUGUUCCACUAGCCAGGGACUACAGGAUGUUACUAAUGUUCUGGUCUGCUGCUGUUUUCUGCUGAAGGUUUUUCUGUAAAAUGAAGGUUUGUUUUUUGUUCUUCACUUGGGUGAAUUUAAGAUGUGAUCUGAUCGUUUAUGUAGCUGUGUGACUUUCCUACUUCAGGGGUGAAAUUCAAACGGUGUGUUUUAACUGAAUCUGUUAUUCUGUGUGCAGCUUCUCAGCUCAGUUUGAAGAAGAAACCCGACUUUGGUUCAGAUGCAGACAACAAACUGGAUAAAUUAUGAUAAACAUUUAAAAUAAAUCAAUAAAGUAGAAACAUUACAGUUCCCAUGAUGCACCUUUUGUGGCUCGUUGUCUCCCCCUGCAGACUGAACUGAUGAACCUGCACUGACCACACAAUCAGAUUUUUACUGCUUUUAAAGGUUUGUUUUAUGUGUCUAUUGUUUUAAAAUAAAGUUGUUUUCCUUUAAAAUGUCUGUCAUGUAUUAUAAUGAUCCUGAACUGCUGACAAUCAUCUGAUUAAAUAAAAACAACCCAUAAAACCUGAA